CUCGGAGCCACUGACCGCCAGCAUGGGGCCGGCGCUGCUCCUGGGGCUGCUUCUCUCCCGAGCCGGAGACCUCAUGGCUCUGCCCAGCAGUGACUGUGUCAUGGCAGAGCAGCUAUGCCUCUCUGACUCCACCUGCAAUGCCACAUACAGGACCCUGGAAAACUGUGCCCUGGCCAAGACUCACCUCCUUUCACUGGAUCACAAUAGCAGGGUCAGAUGUCUGAAUGCAGAGCUUGACCUUGGGAACAGCUCUUUGCUGCGCUGCAAGUGUCACCGGCGCAUGAAGAGACAGGAGCACUGCUUACGCAUUUUCUGGACUGUUCACUCCAGCAUGACGGAUGGUUAUCUCAAUUUGGAGACCUCUCCCUAUGAGAAUCCAGCAAAUGAAGAACACUGGAAGACAGAUUAUAAUAAACUGGCAGCUCUGGUGUCAGGCUCACAGUUAGCGGGAGACGCAACAAAUCCAUGUCUGAGAGCAACACACAUCUGUAACCUGAGCAAGAAGUGUUUUCGUCUGCGCACAGACUAUGCCUCCAUCUGCACCAAGGGAGCAGGAAGUGAGGAUGUGUGUGACCGGCGCAAGUGCCACAGAGGGCUAAGGAAUUUCUUUGAAAAAGUUCCUGAGGAUUUCACCAAAAGGAUCCUGUUCUGUCCAUGUCAAGAUGAAUUUUGUGGAGAAAGACGCCGCAAAACUAUUGUUCCUGAUUGUUCCUUCCAGUAUAACACCAAACCAAAUUGCCUCUGGCUUCUGGACUCCUGCUUAGAAGACCAUAUCUGCAAAUCCCGACUGGCUGACUUCCAACAAAAUUGUCAACCUGUAGACAUGUCUCCAGAUGGCUGCUCUCUGCACAACCAUGCUGCAUGCCUGCAGGCUUACAUGGGGAUGAUUGGCACACCCAUGACACCCAACUAUGUCAGUAACUCCAGUGUGGAAGUUUCCCUGUGGUGUACAUGUGAGAACAGCGGCAACCAGAAGGAGAAAUGUGACCAGAUACUCGGCAUGUUUGAGAGCAACAAAUGUCUUGAAAAUACCAUUUGGUCUCAAAUGCAUCUGAAGCAGACAGCUCUAGAAAGACAGGAAGACUUACUUUAUUCAUCUUCCCUAAGCUUCCAAGGAGACAGUGCCAGCACAUCUCUCUCUUCAGCAAUGUCCCAGGUGGCUGAAGGGAAGACACAGCGAGACAGCUCCAAACAGAGCGCUAUGCCUAUGGCCUCCUCUGUAUUUUCUGGAGCUGCUACUUCCUGGCCUUCUCUGUCUCUGUUCCUGCCCCUGUUGCUUAGCCCACAUUAAUGUGGCAUAAAUGGAAUCUUUCCUUCCCAUAUUAUUAAUAUUAUUCCAUAUCCAGGCAUGUCCCAAUACAGAUUUACCUUUGGGAAACAGAAGGCUUUCAGACAAGAGGAAUGGCCUUAACCCAGAGUGGCAAUCACUGGAAACCUCCCACAUACUUGCACCCCACUUUCCCCCUGUCAGUUUGCACUUAGCUCUGCAGGUAGAGUUCUCACCAUUGCUUCUGCUGUGUACACAUUCUGAGUAACAGGCUAAUGUUCCAGCUUAAUAGGUUAAAUCAAAGGUCUGAUUUCUUUCAGAAUUUGUGCAGAGUUUGGUUUCUGACUGUAGGGAUGAUCUGACAGUGUCUCUGACCACCCCACCCUCUGAAGCUCCACCUCAGGCAUACAAUCAUUGAAUGGUUUGGGUUUGAAGGGACCUUAAAAUCAUUCACCUCCAACCCCCAUGCCAUGGGCAGGGACCACCUUCCUCUAGACCACGUUGCUGCAAACUCUGUUCAACCUGGCCUUGAACACUUGAAGGGAUGGGGCAAGCACAGCUUCCCUGGACAAUCUGUGCCAGUGCAUCACCACCCUCACAGGGAAUAAUUUUUUCCUAAUAGUCAAUCUAAACACACCCUCUUUCAGUUUAAAAACAUCGUUCCAUAUCCUGUCCCUAGAGACCCUGGUAAAAAGUCUCUCUCAGUGCUUCUCAUCCCCCGUGAUGUAUCGAAAAGGCACAACAAGGUCUCCACAGAGCAUUCUCUUCUCCAGACCAAACCACAUCAACUGUCUCAGCCUUUCUUCAUAGGAGAGGAGUUAGCCCUCUCAUAAUUUUCAUGGCCUUGUCUGAACCUGCUUGAACAGGUCCAUGUCUGUCAUGUACUGGGCACCUCAGAGCUGGAACGCUGAACUCUGGGUGGGAAGGUGGGCUGGGGUAGAGGGGAAGAAUCACCUCUCAGCCUGCUGGCUGUGCUUGUUUUUAUGUAGCCCAGGCUGCAGGACGGCUUUCUGGGCUGCAAGUGCAUUUUACUAAGUCACGUCUAGUUUUCCAUCUAGCCAUGUAUCCAAGUCCUUUGCUGCAGGGCUCCUCUCAAUCCAUUUCACUCCCCCACUCUGUACUGAUACUGAGUAGGUUGCAAGUAAAGCUCAAUAAACAUACAUGUGAAGUCCCCGGUAAACUCCAUCUCUGGACUACUUUCAGUUGCCUUUUCAAAUCCAUUAUUUUAAGCAUAUGAAACAUACCAGUCCAGGUCAAGAACACUAUACUAGGGUUUAUGCUCCAUUCUGUUGUUCCUUCCACAUACACGUAAUCCAUUAUUGUGGCUAGCAACACACUUGGAUUUUUUUGUUCAAGAUGAAUGGUGGUCAACUCCAGUAAAUUUAGCUUUUUGUAGCAAAAAAUGAUCUUGCCUGGCCUCAGGACAAACCUUCUCUGUAACCCUUAGAGAAUACAUUUGGGUCAUUGAAAGGUACAAGGUACAUUGACUACAAACCCUGGGACAUACAGUUGCUAGAAUCUCCUUGUAUCUGUCUGCAUAUUGAAGUUACCAUUGUCACCUUCCAGCCACCUGCCCCUGCCAAGCACUGUUUCAUAACCUGUUUAUUCUGAAUGUAAACGUGUGCGCUGCGUAACCGCUGUUAGUUUGUACUGCGUUUGUCUGUUAAAAUGUGGUGUUAAGCGAAUAUUGAUUUCUGAGCAUAGGUUAACAGUCUACAAUCAAUUGUGUGCAAGAGUUGCCUCACCAGCCAGCCAACAUUUUCAAAUAGCCAGAAACCCAGCUCAAGCAGCUUCUCCAUGCACACAUGUAGAGCCCAUUGCUCAUACUGAGAGCCAACAGAUCUGAACAAUACUAUACACAUCCAAACAAGAUUAUAAUCCUGAACAGAGGCAGAGUAGCUGAGUAUUUUUUUAUCCUGUGUUUUAUCUGUUGCCAGGGAAGCACAGUCACUGUCAGACACCUUAUUAAAGAGUCUUACAUAGUCGUGUAUCAAAGUAAUUAUCCUCCUGCAGUGGUAAUAUUUACAUCUCUAAUUCCAGACUUCUGUGUAUUUCCUAGGCAGGUAGAGCAAAGAAAUCAUGCAUGCAGCAGCAUCAUCUCCUCUGUCACACAGAAAAGCAAUGUAUUAUUUACAUGCAGUAGGAAUAAAUAUGUUUUCUUAAUGAACAGGUGUACUAAUGCUGAUAUUUCUCAUUACCUACUGAAAUGUAGCUAUUUGGAGCAAGAGACAGCACUAUUUCCACAUAUUUGCCACCAUUAGUUAAUAAAAAUAGAGUCUGUGUACCCUUAAUAUAGUAUGUACAUUAGACCAUCCUCCAUAUGGUGGGACUUAGAAAUGUAUCAAGAUUCUUGACUGUAAUGUAAUAGCAUCUGCCAUCUCUGGAAGUUAAUGGAGAGUGACAGGGAAGAAGAAAAUGUUAUUAUUUUCACUAUUCCACACAACAGAGAGAGAGAAUAUUUGUGAGAAUAAUGGAGUAGAUUUCUGAGUGAUCUGAACCACACACAAUGCAGUACUGGUACACAAUAUACUGCAUUGAUCUCCCACUCAUCUCUGCAGUGAUCUUUCCUCUUUCCCAAAUUUAGUGCUGUAAAACAGAUUGAUAUGGAAAAAGGGAUUAGCAUUUUCUUGUUCAUGUCUAGGGCACUAAAUUCCUACUAAGAAGGUUAUUGAUUGCAAUUGCAGUCUUCUGUCAUAUCCUGGAUUUUACAGGAAAAUGCUUGACACUUGGACAAAUCAUACUCCAGACUGAAAUUGAAACAAAACAUGUCAGUUUGUUGUUUUUUUUUUCAAGUGUCCUGUUCCUUUUUUAAUGCACCUUUAUACACACAGCUGCCUCUUAGCUUGUUCAUCAAUAACUGCAAGCAAAAUUCACUUCUAACUACACCUUCAUUCACAGGUACUCACACUGUUGUGAGUACAAACCCAUUUUCACUUAGACUAUUCUAACACCUGAUCUCCAUAUAUCACAGUUUUUCAACUACACAGCAUAUAUGCAUGCACAACUUAACUGCUACUAGAAAUGUCAUGCCAGUAUCACUGUCAAUUCCAUUCUGCCAGCACCAUCAAUGUUCCAAGACUGGCACAUUUCCUAAACCCAUUCAGAACAGCUUACUAACCAUACUACA